AUGUCCAACAAUCCCCACGACUUCAACGACCCUAACCGGCAGGGCAACGACCCCAACGAUCCCAAUCAUCCCAAUCGACAAGGCCAGUAUCCUCCAUGGAAUACUAGUCAACCUGAGGAGCACCCUCCCAAUCACUAUCCACCUUCUUCUCAGUACCCUCCUUACGCUCCGUAUCCCCCGACCGCAGAAUACCCUCCACCACCACCUCCACCUCCCCAAGCGCAGUAUUCGCCUUCGACAAACAUGGCUGCCAUGCACCCGCAUGUUCAGGGCCCGCAUGUCCAGGGCCCGCAAGAUCCCUACCGUCUUCCGCCGCCGCCUGGUGCCUAUCGUCCCGUAGACGUUUACGGUCAACCCCCUCCUCCUCCCCAAGUUGUCUACCAGGCCGCCGCUCCUCGACAGCGGACGGCUAUCGCCUGUCGUUACUGCAGAAGACGGAAGAUCCGAUGCUCGGGUUUCGAAAGUUCUCAAGACGGACGCUGCAGCAACUGCACCCGGUUCAAUCAAGAGUGCAUGUUCACGCCUGUCUCCUCACAAGCACAGGCAUUCGUCCCGGCACACGCCGCGUAUCCUUACUUGAGAAACGCUCAGAACCAGGGGCGCUCGGCUCCCGUAAUGCUCUACGGUGCUCACGGUCAACCUCUACCGCCUCAACAACAGCCACAAGCAGGUCCUGAGGGCACCCUCCCGGCACCGCAAACCAUGUAUCAACACUCGUAUGGCGGUGCGCCUCAACCCCUCGCCUCCGGGUCCCAAGAUCACAGACCCAUUGGUCGUCGUGGUUCCGGCUCUGGGUUUGAAUACCCAGACCCCACCAACUUAGCUCCCGUUACGCCCGUUACGUCCAAUCCGGGGCAUUCGGCCCAUACCGCUCCAAGUCCCUACUAUCCUCCGCAAACCGAUCGUCGUCCCUCGCCACAAUCUGCGUAUCCCUAUGAUGGUCGCCAUUCGUCUUCCCCCCACGGUUCCCCGUACCCUCUCAUGACCCUCCCACAGGGCGCCCAUCCCGCGCAAGGCGUUCCUCAGGUCCCCAAUCCUGGUCAAGGCACUCCCCCACCUGCUCCGACAUCUACCCCGGGAAGCUCGCGCGGAGGACUUAACGUUCGCGACAUGCUCAAUCCGGGUGACCAAGGCCGUUCCGAUGCAGACAAUGAUAUGCUUAAUGCAUUGAACCGACGGGGUAUAAAUAAAUAA